AAGCAAUGCGGACAUAAGACACUUCCGUCUCCUCGUUCCUUGCCUACUAACAUAGAAAGGUCGAAGUAAAUCAUAAUUCUAGUCAAGAUGUGGCGAGCUGGCAAUGAUGUGAAAAUGGACUCGGCUGCAGAUGAUGGUGAUGAAUGGGAGACAGAUCCAGAUUUCGUUAAUGAUGUCAGUGAACAGGAGCAAAGAUGGGGUUCAAAGACAAUCGAAGGUUCUGGUCAUCAAGCAUCUCUCAGUAUGGACAAGCUACGUCAUGGAGUGGAAAAAGAUCAUAGCCAGAUCAAGCAAGAUGACAUGGAUCCCACGAAAGUUGGGUCGUAUGGUUAUGGAGGGAAAUAUGGCGUUCAAAAGGACAGGGUUGAUAAAGUCGCAGCUGACUAUACAUACGAAGGAAAAACAGACAAGCACGUUUCUCAGAAGGAUUAUGCCGCGGGUUUCGGAGGAAAGUAUGGUAUACAGAAAGACCGAGUCGAUCAGUCAGCGGUUGGAUAUGAAUACGAAGGGAAGACAGAGAAACAUGCUUCACAGAAAGAUUAUUCCAGUGGAUUUGGUGGAAGGUAUGGCGUGCAGAAAGACAGACAAGACAAGUCAGCUGUUGGCUACGAAAGCAAAGUUGAACUUUCAAAGCACGAGUCACAGCAAGAUUAUGCCAAAGGUUUUGGAGGCAAGUAUGGAGUGCAGAAGGACAGGGUGGAUAAGUCCGCUGUUGGAUACGAACACCAUGAGGAAUUAGCAAUGCAUGACUCGCAAAAAGACUAUUCAAAGGGUUUUGGUGGAAAAUUUGGUGUACAGAAGGAUCGAGUCGAUCAGUCUGCCGUUGGGUUUGAACACCAUGAAGAUCUGGCCGUUCAUGAUUCUCAAAAAGAUCAUUCCAAAGGAUUUGGUGGCAAAUAUGGUGUUCAAAAAGAGAGGCAGGACCAGUCAGCCGUUGGUUUCGAAUACCACGAGCAACUUGCAGCUCACGAUUCUCAAAAAGAUCAUUCGAAAGGUUUUGGGGGAAAAUAUGGCGUGCAAGCGGACAGACAAGACAAGUCUGCUGCUGGCUACGAAGAUAGAGAACAACUCAGCAAGCAUGCUUCUCAAGAAGAUUAUUCAAAGGGUUUCGGGGGUAAAUACGGUGUACAAGAAGAUCGCAAAGACAAGUCUGCAGGGACGUUUGAGGAAAUGAGUGGAGUUUCCUCCAGUUAUCAGCCUGAUAGACCACGUGGGGGUUCAGGAACAGCCAGCAGUUUGAAAGCAAGAUUUGAAAACAUUGCAAAAGCAGAUGAAGAGGAAAACAGAAAGCGUGCGGAAGAAGAAAGGAAACGCAGAGCGUUGAAAGAAGAGAGGGAAAAAGAAGAAGCAAAGCGCACUCAAGAUAAAUUAGAUGAAGAGGCGCGAUUGAGAAAUGAGGAAAUCGAGCGUAUGGAGAGAGAGCAAGAAACUCAAGAAGAGGAUGAAAGUACUUAUGACCAAGUUGCAGAUACUGAUGCCGCGGCUCCCCAGGUGGAAGCAACUUAUGAAGCUGUGGAUGAUAACCAAGGCUCGGUGCCUGCGGCCGAAGAGGACAACACAUACGAAACAUUAGGCGAUUCAGCACCAGCGGCUGCUGAUACUCAGACUGGUGGAAGGUGUGCUGUUGCCCUUUAUGAUUAUCAAGCAACUGCUGAAGACGAGGUGACAUUUGAUCCUGGUGACGUCAUAACAGACAUUGAAGAAGUCAGUGACGGUUGGUGGCUUGGGGAUGUAAAUGGGAAAAGGGGGCUUUUCCCAGCCAAUUAUGUAGAAAUCAAGGAGUAGUUCGAAAAUACGGCGGACGAAGUGCCUUAGGCAGUUGAUAUAAUUAUAAAGCAAGGGUAAUAUCAGCUUAAAUUCGCUUUUUUACUGAAAUCAAGCCAGUAUUAGGUAAUAUUUUGUUUAUUUAAUUGCAUUUGUUAUACCAAUCUUUUGACCUAUAUUUUAUUAAAUUUGCAGAUAAAAUGAUACAUGAUAGUUUUAAUACUA